AUGCAGCACUAUGCUGUAUUUCUCGAGUCUUUUGAUUAUAAUAUUCGAUACCGAUCAUCCAAAGAAAACGCGAACGCGGACGCCAUGUCACGACUUCCGAUCGAAGAUGUGCACAACAAAAAUCGUAUAGAAGAGGUUGACAUUAUUGAAUUGAACCUAAUUGAGACGUUACCGGUGACCGCGGACGAGUUGGCGGAAUUUACGAAAAACGAUCCAAAUGUGCAUAAUCUAUUGCAGGGUUUGAAAGUCGGUAGAAUGGUAGAUGGCCGCGAUAGAUUCGGAGUAGACCAAAAUGAAUUUUCGGUUCAGAAGGGUUGUAUAAUGAAAGGAAUUCGAGUAUACAUUCCUCCGAAAUUGCGUAAACGUGUUUUAGAUGAGCUUCACAUGGGCCAUUUUGGGAUAUCCCGCAUGAAAUCCCUAGCGCGAUCCUAUUGUUGGUGGGAGUGUGUAGAUCGUGAUAUCGAAGAUUUAUCGCGUGAUUGUUGCGAGUGUGCUAGCGUGAGGAAAAAUCCCCCGAAAGUAGCUAUUCAUUGUUGGGAAAAGCCUGUCGAACCAUUUCAACGGAUUCACAUAGACUUUGCAGGGCCAUUUCUCGGAUUGAACUUUUUGGUUAUCAUGGACGCGUUCACAAAAUGGCCGGAAGUGAAGCUAAUACCUGACAUGACUACUGACACGACCAUUGAUAAGCUACGUGAAUAUUUCGUAACCUAUGGUGUUCCUUCGGUAAUCGUUAGCGACAGAGGCGUUCAAUUUACUUCUGAGCAAUUCCAAUCUUUUCUUAACAAAAAUGGUGUAACUCACAAAAUGGGUGCACCAUAUCAUCCGGCUACAAACGGACUAGCAGAACGAUUUGUCCAGACUUUCAAGGACAAACUGAAAACGUUGAAAUGCGACCGAAAAGAUAUUCAAUUUGAGCUCUAUAAGAUUCUUCUUGCAUACAGGCGAGCAGUACAUCCUGCAACGGGUAAAUCACCUUCAAUAUUGGUUUUUGGACGACAAAUAAAAUCACGACUCGAUCUAAUUGUUCCUAAAAACGGAGAGGAUAAGGUUGAGCGUGAGGAACAGGGUGAUGUACGGUGUUUCGCUGUAAAUGACAGAGUAGCCGCUCGUGAUUUUUUGAGUUCCUCCAAGUGGAAGUUCGGUAUUGUUACCGAAAGGCUAGGGAAGUUACAUUAUAUGAUUGAGCUAGACGAUGGGCGAAUCUGGAAAAGGCAUAUUGAUCAACUGAGUUCCGGACCUAUAGAGCGAGUUUUUGAUGCAGAUCCUUAUUCUAUUAACGUCGAGAUUUACGACCAUAACCGCUGUGAAAAUCCAAUAGCUUCACCAAAACGACAGCUGCCGACUAAACAGACCGACACUCCAGCUGCCGUCAAAAACAAACAAGCAAUCCCGACAACCGACAAUACCGCUCCUGUUACUCAGGAUGCUAUCGAGUCAGGGGUAUCUGACAAAGAGAACAUCAAGUCCAGAUCAAGAUCAGAAUGUAAGGCAAACAAUGGAUCUACAAACAGUACAGUAGGUACACCGAGGCGAUCUACUAGGGUCAGAAAUCCCCCGAAAAGGCUUGAUAUUUGA